GUAAAAUGAAACUUGUGGUCCGUCCAACUCCAAGUGCAUACCAUCUCAGUAUUCCAAUUCCCAUCCCUGUAAAAUAAUGUCCCCUAAAUCAUUAAUUACAACCUCACCACUGCAAUUCUCUUGGAUCUCUUCUGCACCAACAACACCAUUGGCCAAUUUCCUAGAACCCAACAACCAUUCCCCAUUUUCAAAAUGUCUUUAACUAUUAGACUACACACUACUAGUACCAUUAUUGCCCACUAUUGUAACACUACUAGCAAGAAAAACUCCUAUUACACCGAAAUUAAAGCUAACCCCAUUUACCAUUUUAACAAAUUGUCCCACCUUCUGUUUUCCCACAAACAAAAGAUGACUUCUUCUUCUUCAAGAGGGAUGAUUGUGAAGAGCUCUUUGAUUGAGCCAGAUGGGGUUUCCUUGUUGGAUCUUGUGGUGCCAGAGAAUGAAAGGGCUGCCAAGGUUGGAGAGGCAGAAGCAAUGGUAAAAGUGAAGCUGACAAAGAUUGAUGUUGAAUGGGUUCAUGUGAUUAGUGAAGGUUGGGCUAGUCCUCUUAGAGGAUUCAUGAGAGAGGAUGAGUAUUUGCAAACCUUACAUUUUAAUUCUCUCAGAUUGAAAGAUGGGACUAUUGUCAAUAUGUCACUUCCCAUUGUAUUGGCAAUUAAUGAUGAAGAUAAAGAACGGAUUGGUUCCUCAACUGAUGUUGCUUUGGUUGGCCCAAAUGAUGAUUUACUUGCCAUUCUCACAAGUAGUGAGAUCUACAAGCAUAAUAAAGAAGAAAGAAUUGCAAGGACAUGGGGGACUACAGCUCCAGGAUUACCUUAUGUUGAGGAGGUAAUUACUCCUGCUGGAAAUUGGCUUAUUGGUGGAGAUCUGCAAGUCAUAAAGCCUAUCAAAUAUAAUGAUGGUCUUGAUCACUACAGGCUUUCUCCCCAGCAACUUCGAAAUGAAUUUGAUCAACGUGAGGCGGAUGCAGUUUUUGCUUUUCAGUUGAGAAAUCCUGUCCAUAAUGGCCACGCUUUGCUUAUGAAUGAUACACGGAGGAGACUUUUGGAAAUGGGUUACAAGAAUCCAAUUCUUCUGCUCCAUCCUUUAGGUGGUUUUACUAAGGCUGAUGAUGUGCCUCUAGAUGUCCGUAUGGAACAACAUAGCAAGGUCCUAGAAGAUGGAGUUCUCGAUCCCAAGACUACUAUCGUGUCCAUAUUUCCCUCACCAAUGCAUUAUGCUGGACCAACUGAAGUACAGUGGCAUGCAAAGGCACGGAUAAAUGCGGGUGCAAAUUUCUACAUUGUAGGUCGCGAUCCUGCUGGUAUGGGCCACCCAACAGAGAAGAGGGACUUGUAUGAUCCAGAUCACGGGAAGAAAUUGCUAAGCAUGGCUCCUGGUCUUGAGAAAUUGAACAUUCUGCCCUUCAGGGUGGCAGCAUAUGAUACAGUGGAAAAGAAGAUGGCAUUUUUUGAUCCUUCACGUGCUAAAGAUUUUCUCUUUAUUUCUGGAACUAAGAUGCGGACUUAUGCAAGAACUGGUGAGAAUCCUCCCGAUGGUUUCAUGUGUCCUGGGGGAUGGCAAGUCUUGGUCAAAUACUAUGAGAGCUUGCAGGCUGAGGAAGCUGUACAAAACUCUCCUCUUCUUUCAGCAACCUCAUAAUGACCAUAAAAAAAGCUCUCUUCAGGUUAAAGAACAAAGUUGCAAAGAGAUUGAUCGUGUCUCAUCUUCGCUAUCUGCUAUCUUUUGCUGGUGUUCCUCGGCUAUGUGGAUUGAUUUGUUAUUUUUUGUUAAAAGUACUCAUCAUUCAUUCUAAAAGACUUGUCUUUUAACUGUCAUAUGCCGUCUUCUAAUGAUGUUCCGAACAAA